GGCGUUUCUCCUCUCUCUCUCUCUCUCUCUAACUCCCCUUACAAAAACGUUUUUUUCUUUUUUUUUUUCUUUUUCUUUUUUGUUUUGUUUGAAGAGGAGUAAGAAAUGGGAUCUGAAGCGAGUUCAUCUCCAUCAGGAAAACGAAGUAGAGAUCCGGAAGAUGAAAUCUAUCUCGACAAUCUUCACUCCCACAAACGGUAUCUGAGCGAGAUAAUGGCGUCGAGUUUGAAUGGAUUGACGGUUGGCGAUUCAAUGUCUGAAAAUCUGAUGGAGUCCCCAGCAAGAUCAGAAGGCAUGAAUUAUUACCCCAGGGACGAGAUCUCAUCACAGUACUCACCAAUGUCAGAAGAUUCAGAUGAUUCUCGAUACUGUGACAACCCGCUAAACACUUCCAUGGCCCAACCUGACAGCCUCAGUACUUUCAUCGGUCCGGUUUCACCUCACAGGCAUCAGAGACUGCUUGCCGGGUACUCUUCACCGCCGCCUACCCAUUCAUACCCUUCAUUCGGCUGCACUCCAACUUCAACGGCUUGUUCUCAGCCUCGCCAACGCGGUUCAGACUCAGAAGGCCGUUUCCCAUCAUCGCCCAGCGACAUAUGCCACUCGGCCGACCUGAGGCGAGCUGCACUCCUGCGUUCAGUGCAGAUGAGAGUGCAGCCACAUGGCCCGCCAGCCUAUGAAUUGCCAUACAGUUCGGAGCAAGAGACCAUGCAGAAUAUAGACCACGCUGAAGAUCCUCCCUGCCCAUACGUGAAACCUUUAGUUGAUGAGAGGGACUACCAGAGCUCGCGGCAGGUUCCAAGCAUGCUCCUUGACGAGUGUUCCACAAUGGGCCUGUCAGAAUCUGGGGCCCGGCGUGAAAAAUGUUACAGGAUGAUGAAUUUCAAUCUUAAAGGGGAGGAAUCCGGGGAAGACGUUUUUGGAGGAAAUGGGCCGGGAAGAAUGAGUCUAGUGUCCUCUAGGAGAUCUGUGCUGCGAGGGAGUGCUUCGAAAUAACCGAGCAAAUGCUUCCUCAAAGAUGGCGACAGUUCUUCGCAGGACUGAUGUAUGUCAAACAAUGCCAAAUUCCAAAAAAAUGUUUUAUAGGCAGAAGAAGAAUGCUAAUCCCAAACACCCAUCGUCAAGUGCCAAACAUAAACAGAACACAUGCCGGCAUGGCCCAUUUGCGGGCGCCAUCCGGGAUGUUAACUGAAUGUUCCAAAUUUUAAUUGCAAUGCACAUCGUGGGGACCACUUUUUGAACGGCCUGGAUCUCAUUUGGGAUGCAUUUUGUCCUUCAGCACUGGAAGAUGGGUUUAGCAUUCUUCGCAUCCUGUAUUUUAUAAAGGGUCGGCGUACGUGUUCAUUCCUAAUGUGUAAAGGUUGUGAUUUUGUAGCAUUUGGAGUGAAAAUAUCGUAGAUCUUUGUGAAAGCUGUUUGUGGAAUCAUUUUGAGGACCCCA